ACAAUUAAGAUCUACUAUGUGUAUGUGUAUGUGAGUGAAGGUAAAUAAGGUCUAUAUAAAUAAGAUCUACUAUGUUUAAAAAUAGUUCAUAUUUGAAACGUGUCUAUUCCCACAAUGAGGCUCGCAUACGUUGUAUUUUGUAUUGCUUCCACUCUUCUCCAUUUCUCUGAGGCCCAGAAGAGUCAAGCCAAGCCUUGCGUCACAAGCGCUGACUGUGGAGCAGCUGAAUGUUGUCUUAGUCCGGCUGUGUUUAGGGGCAGGAGACAGACUGGAGGAUAUUGUAUGCCACGAGGCUCAAACGGAAAUCACUGUUAUGUCAGAAAUGACCAGUUUGUAAAUCAUCACUUCAACACCCUUUACUACAAUGCCUGCCCUUGCGUAUCAGAGCAACACUGUGAAGGCACGGGCAUGAUGGAAGUACCACAAGGAGAGACAGGUUUGUGCCAGGCUGAUCAUAAAAGAGAAGCAAGUGGAGCCUGUCAGUCCACUAAAGAUUGUGCAGCAGACGAAUGCUGCGUCAGCAACAUUCAGCCAAUUGGUAAAAAGAAGAGAGCUGCCAUCAGUUUCGGUGGAGGGACUUGCCAGAAGCUUGGAAAAUCUGGCGAAUCUUGCAUGGUUAGAGUGACCGCAGUAACAGAUAUGAACCUUUCUUGUCCUUGUACAACAGGACUGACAUGUAAAGGUACAGGAAUGUUCGUGGUUCCUUUAGGAGAAACAGGAGCUUGUGAAUAAAACGGCUGUCAUUAAAGACCACUGACUACACAGUAUUAUGUUAGUGUCUUGUUAAAUGGAAUAAUAGAUACAAAAUAAAUAUGUUAAACAUUAA